GCGUAAUUGCAGGUUGGGCCAGCCGCAGCCACCAGUGUCACCCUGGAGACCAGCUGGUAAACGCCAGGCCUCCCAAAAAGGGGGAGGCAAGGCGGCCGGGAAAGUAAACAAGUAAAACGAGGUGGAUGAGGAAGCUCUGCAGUGAGCCCGGCACUGCCCACGGCCCUGCAUCGCCUCUCCUUGCCACCCGUCUGGGUCUGGGCAGCAGCCUGAGAGCAGCCGUGGCACCAAGCCGUACUGGCCCCCGAAACCUCCCUGCUCCCAGGUGGAAACCCCAGGUGCAGGAUAGCAUUGCAGAUGCCAGGCACAGCAAGGCAUGAUCGAGAGAUGGCAAUCCAGGCCAAAAGAAACCUGUCUAAAACCACUGACCCUGUAGAAAGACUUCGACUGAAGUGCUUAGCAAGGGGAUCUGCAGGCAUCAAAGGACUUGGCAGAGUAUUUCGGAUUAUGGAUGAUGACAACAGCAGGACCCUUGAUUUCAAAGAAUUUGUGAAAGGAUUAAAUGAUUAUGCUAUGAUGAUAGACAAGGAAGAAGCACAAGAGAUUUUCCGGAUAUUUGAUAAAGAUGGCAGUGGAACAAUUGAUUUUGAUGAAUUUCUUGUUACACUGAGACCUCCCAUGUCAAAUGCCAGAAAAGAGAUCAUCAUGCAGGCAUUUAGGAAGUUAGAUAAAACUGGAGACGGUGUCAUCACGAUAGAAGACUUACGGGGAGUGUAUAAUGCAAAACACCAUCCCAAGUACCAAAACGGAGACUGGACAGAAGAUCAGGUUUUUAGGGCCUUUCUGGAUAAUUUUGAUUCACCCUAUGACAAAGAUGGGAAGGUCACAACAGAAGAAUUCAUGAACUACUAUGCAGGAGUCAGCGCCUCAAUAGACACUGAUGUCUAUUUUAUCGUCAUGAUGAAGAACGCUUGGAAACUCUGA